CGGACCAGCCGGCGCAAGCGGGCGAAGGUAGAAUACAGAGAGAUGGAUGAAAGUUUGGCCAACCUCUCAGAAGAUGAGUAUUACUCGGAAGAGGAGAGAAAUGCUAAAGCAGAGAAGGAAAAGAAGCUCCCCCCGCCACCUCCUCAAGCCCCACCUGAGGAAGAGAAUGAAAGUGAGCCUGAAGAACCAUCUGGGCAAGCAGGAGGACUUCAAGACGACAGUUCUGGAGGGUAUGGAGACGGCCAAGCAUCAGGUGUGGAGGGUGCAGCUUUCCAGAGCAGACUUCCUCAUGACCGGAUGACUUCUCAAGAAGCAGCCUGUUUCCCAGAUAUUAUCAGUGGGCCACAGCAGACGCAGAAGGUUUUUCUGUUUAUUAGGAACCGCACAUUGCAGUUGUGGUUGGAUAAUCCAAAGAUUCAGCUGACAUUUGAGGCUACUCUCCAACAGUUAGAAGCGCCUUAUAACAGUGAUACUGUUCUUGUCCACCGAGUUCACAGUUACUUAGAGCGUCAUGGUCUUAUCAACUUUGGCAUCUAUAAGAGGAUAAAACCCCUACCAACUAAAAAGACAGGAAAGGUAAUUAUUAUAGGCUCUGGGGUCUCCGGCUUGGCAGCAGCUCGACAGUUACAAAGUUUUGGAAUGGAUGUCACCCUUCUGGAAGCCAGGGAUCGUGUGGGUGGACGAGUUGCUACAUUUCGCAAAGGAAAUUAUGUAGCUGAUCUUGGAGCCAUGGUAGUAACAGGACUUGGAGGGAAUCCCAUGGCUGUGGUCAGCAAACAAGUAAAUAUGGAACUGGCCAAGAUCAAGCAAAAAUGUCCACUUUAUGAAGCCAAUGGACAAGCUGACACUGUCAAGGUUCCUAAAGAAAAAGAUGAAAUGGUAGAGCAAGAAUUUAACCGGUUGCUAGAGGCCACAUCUUACCUUAGUCAUCAGCUAGACUUCAAUGUCCUCAAUAAUAAGCCUGUGUCCCUCGGGCAGGCCUUGGAGGUUGUCAUUCAGUUGCAAGAGAAACAUGUCAAAGACGAGCAGAUUGAGCAUUGGAAGAAGAUAGUGAAAACUCAGGAAGAAUUGAAAGAACUUCUUAAUAAGAUGGUCAAUUUGAAAGAGAAAAUCAAAGAACUCCAUCAGCAAUACAAAGAAGCAUCUGAAGUGAAGCCACCAAGAGAUAUUACUGCAGAGUUCUUGGUGAAAAGCAAACACAGGGACCUGACUGCCCUUUGCAAGGAAUAUGAUGAAUUAGCUGAAACACAAGGAAAGCUAGAAGAGAAACUUCAAGAGUUGGAAGCCAAUCCGCCAAGUGAUGUAUAUCUUUCUUCAAGAGACAGACAAAUACUUGAUUGGCAUUUUGCAAAUCUUGAAUUUGCUAAUGCUACACCUCUUUCUACCCUCUCCCUUAAACAUUGGGAUCAGGAUGAUGACUUCGAGUUUACUGGCAGCCACCUGACAGUGAGGAAUGGCUACUCAUGCGUGCCCGUGGCUUUAGCAGAAGGCCUUGAUAUUAAGCUGAAUACAGCAGUGCGACAGGUUCGCUACACUGCUUCAGGGUGUGAAGUGAUAGCCGUGAACACCCGCUCCACAAGUCAAACCUUUAUUUAUAAAUGCGACGCCGUGCUCUGCACCCUUCCACUGGGCGUGUUGAAGCAGCAGCCCCCAGCCGUUCAGUUUGUGCCACCUCUGCCUGAGUGGAAGACAUCUGCGGUCCAGAGGAUGGGGUUUGGCAACCUAAACAAGGUUGUGUUGUGUUUUGACCGAGUAUUCUGGGAUCCAAGUGUUAAUCUGUUCGGACAUGUCGGCAGUACAACGGCCAGCAGGGGUGAGCUCUUCCUCUUCUGGAACCUCUAUAAAGCUCCAAUACUGUUGGCACUAGUAGCAGGAGAAGCUGCCGGCAUCAUGGAAAACAUAAGCGAUGACGUGAUUGUUGGCCGAUGUUUGGCCAUUCUCAAAGGGAUUUUUGGUAGCAGUGCAGUGCCCCAGCCCAAGGAAACUGUGGUGUCUCGCUGGCGUGCUGAUCCCUGGGCCCGGGGCUCCUAUUCCUACGUAGCUGCAGGGUCAUCUGGAAAUGACUAUGAUUUGAUGGCUCAGCCAAUCACUCCUGGCCCUUCGAUCCCAGGUGCCCCACAGCCAAUUCCACGACUCUUCUUCGCGGGAGAACAUACAAUCCGCAACUACCCAGCUACAGUCCAUGGUGCUCUACUGAGUGGGCUGCGAGAAGCAGGGAGGAUUGCGGACCAGUUCUUGGGAGCCAUGUACACCCUGCCUCGCCAGGCAGCUCCGGGUGUCCCCGCGCAGCAGUCCCCAAGCAUGUGAGACAGACGCAGUCUACGAGAGGAGGCCCAUGUGCGUGUCUUCUGCUGUGUAAGCAAAGCUCUCCAAUAGCAAUACUUGAUUCCACUGAGAAACGCCCGUCAUGGCAUCGAGGCCCAUGAUCAACAGAUCUAAGGGGCUUGCCUCAUCUAAGUGACUUGGAGCGUAGGGAAGAACCUGUCCCCUUACCUGGGGAAUUGUCUUCAUGAAGACUGAGGCAAGCAAGUGCCGUGACGUAACAUCUUAGUCUUCUGGUGUGUGGUGGUUUUUUUAUACUUCGAGAAUAAAACUUCAUAUAAAAUUA